GUGUUAGUGGAAACAGUGUUUGUCCUGACAGAGACUACAGUUUUCUAUUUAUAGGGAGCCUGGUAUGUGCUCAGAGGCCUCUUGAAGGAUUUCAGAACAACAAAUAACAUAUCAUGCUCGCUCCGGUCUCUAUAAACAUCCACCUGCUAAACUCAAGAAACCCAGAACUUUCAGAAGUGAAGAGUUUUAGAGUGGCAACGUUUAGAGUCUGAUUGAGUUUGAAUGAUACACAACUAAUAGUGGGAUCCUUAAGUAUGUGCAUCAAGUCAGCCGAGACAAGCUUAGAUGGUCCAAUAUCAGACGUUCUGCACUAUAAGGACAAAGAAUUAAUCUCCACCCUCCCCCUGCAGCUGAACAACUUGCGAAAAAAGCAACUUUUUACAGAUGUCAUCCUUUGCUCUGAGGGAAGGGGGAUUCCAUGUCACCGGAAUGUUCUGGUGUCCAGCAGCCCUUACUUUUACGCUAUGUUUUGCAGCAGCUUCCUGGAGAGCCAGAAGACCCGGAUAGACCUGCAAGCGGUUCCUUAUGACAUCCUCGCGAGUAUUGUGGACUACGUUUACACGGGGUCCAUCAGCAUCACCAUGGAGCUGGUUCUCCCUCUGAUGGAAGCUGCCUCUAUGCUUCAGUAUGUUAGACUUUUCGAGGCAUGCUCAACGUUCCUCCAAGGUCAGCUCAGUUCAGACAACUGUCUGAGCAUGAUGCGUCUUUCAGAAAUCCUGCACUGUUCAAGCUUGCAGGAGAAAGCAAGAGAGUUGGCAAUGAGGAGCUUCUCGGAUGUGGUGGUCUCAGAGGACUUCUGUGAACUUUCGCUACCUGAACUGGUAAGCUACCUAGAGGACGACAGGCUGUGCGUAGAGGAAGAACAGGUAUUCGAGACUCUUCUGGCUUGGAUCCACCACGAACCGUUCUCUAGAUGCGGCACCAUUCACGACUUGUUCAGUCGUGUGAGGUUGAGAUACAUCCACCCUUCCUAUCUUUUUCAGUUCAUUGCCAGUGAUCCUCUUGUCCAGUCCUCUACCUUGUGCACAGACAUAAUCGAAUCUGUUCGCCGUCUACUGUUUUCUGUCGGGACCUUGUGUCCCGGUGACCUGGAGCCUCUUUGGGCGGCACCGCGGCGUCAGAACUGUAAGGAGGCGAUUGUUGUGGUGGGAGGGCGUAAGAACGGCGAGCGGACGUCCCGUGAUGCAAUGCUCUAUGAUGAGCAAAACCGGUGCUGGCAGUGGCUGGCAAAAAUUCCAACGCGCCUCCACCGACCCUCGUACAUCAGCAUGCACAGCAUCCUUUAUGUGCUGGGGGGCUUAACUACGAGUGCAGGAGGAAAGUGCAUGCCUAGCAACACCGUGUACACACUUUCACUUAAAACAAACCAGUGGAGAACUGGAGAACCCAUGUUGAUGCCAAGAUACGCCCAUCAGAGCAUCUCGUACCUGCAUUUUAUUUUCGUACUGGGUGGAUUGACAGCUGACGGUCAGAUAUCCAAUCAGGUAGAGCGAUAUGACACCAUGUUCAACCAGUGGGAGGCAAUAGCUCCUAUCCCUGCUGCAGUUCUGCACCCAGCUGUGGCCGCACAUGACCAAAGAAUAUACGUGUUUGGAGGGGAAGACGCCAUGCAAAAACCGGUUCGAAUGAUUCAGAUUUACCACAUCGGAAGAAAUCUGUGGUGUAGAGUGGAGAACAGAACAGUGAAGAAUGUUUGUGCACCGGCUGCAGUGAUCGAUGAUAAAAUCUACAUUGUAGGAGGCUAUACAAGACGAAUGAUAGCGUAUGAUGUUAAAAGCAACAAGUUUGAAAAAUGUGAAAAUAUGAAGGCAAGGAAGAUGCAUCACUCUGCUACUGUUGUACAUAACAAGCUGUAUGUCACAGGGGGACGGUUCAUUAACAACCAAGACAAUAUAGAAGACUCCGACAGUUUUGACAGCUAUGACCCAAAAACAGAUUCAUGGGUAUCAAUGGGAACUUUACCAUUCAAGCUAUUUGACCAUGGUUCAGUACCCUUGGUCUAUCUCUCUGACAAGUCUCUGCCUACAUAAAUAAGAUUUCAAUCUUUGACAUGGCCUUACUCAGUCAGUAUUAAAGAUGUUUAGGUUAUAAUUUCACAAAAUGUUCUUUAAAUUAUGUAGGAUGAUUUUAUGUAGAAACUGUAAACCAUAAAAAAGUCUUUAGCUGGGUUUUCACAGAGUCACAAAUAUGAAUGUCAGUCUGUAAAAACUAACAUUCAAACUGAGACAUUUUCUCCAUUUACAAGGAGUUUAAGUUUAAAAGAAACAUGUUUGCACAUAUUGCCUUUUAAUUGUGUGUGUGAAGUUUUUCUGCCACAGAUAUAUUUCAGAUGAAACACUGUCUUUGAAGCACUUCAGACUAAUACAAGUAGUGCACUUUAACUUUACAGGUGCACUUUUAUUUAAAGACAUUCCUUCAUUUUGUAAAUGUAUUAUUUAUUCACAAUUGUACAAAAUUUUUCAAAGUAAUAGUUACAUCUGUUAAAAUUGUAUUUAAUAAUAUGUAACAUUUUUACUAUUAAAUGUUUUCAAGAAAAGAGUCAAACAUAACAAAAUACUAGAUUUAGAUUAUCUGCAAACAAUAGCUGAUUAAAUUUUUUAAAAAGCAUUUUUUGUUUGUUUCUUAUCAUUACUUUGAAUUAAUU